GUCCAAAAGUGAUGAUAAUGAAAUGAUGAGCUCUAGUGAGCUGCUUCAAGCCUUUUCCCUUUUGAGGAGUUGCUCAAUAAGUCACAUAAAGUCCAUGUCACUGAAGUGCGCUAUCGAAUUAGGCAUCCCAUAUAUCAUCCACAACCAUGGCCAAAGGGCCAUUACUUUCUCAAAACUCAUUGAAUCACUUCCUGUACACCCUUCCAAAACUCAUUGCAUUUACCGUAUUAUGCGGCUCCUCGUCCACUCCGGUUUCUUUGCAACCCAAAAACCCGAUCAAGAAGAAGAAGAAGAAGCAUACACUCUCACAAACGCUUCCCGCCUUCUCUUAACUGACACACCCGUGAAUAUGGAAUCGUAUUUCCUUCUCCCCCUUCUUCCUCAGAUGAUCGGCCCAUGGCAAUCCCUGAGCACUUGGUUACAGAGCAACGAUCACACUCUAUUCAAGACGGUGUACGGGGGGACUAUUUGGGAUCAACUAGCUGAUGAUCCAGAACUUAAUUACAGGUUUAAUGAGGCGAUGGCUAGUGACUCCCGGCUUAUUUCCAAGGUCAUCCUAGACUCGGAAUAUAUAAGAGUGUUCGAGGGUUUGAAGUGCUUGGUCGAUGUGGGAGGCGGCUCUGGAACUUUGGCUAAAGCCAUAGCCAACACUUUCCCACACAUGAAAUGCACAGUGUUUGAUCUCCCACAUGUUGUUGCUAAUGUGCAGGGUACAACUGACAACUUGAGUUUUAUUGGAGGAAACAUGUUUUCUGACCCAAUACCUCCUGCAGAUGCAAUUUUACUCAAGAUGAUUAUGCAUAACUGGAAUGAUGAAGAUGGUAGCAGAAUAUUGAAGAGAUGCAGAGAAGCGAUUUUGAGCAAUGGUAACGGAGGAAAAGUUAUUGUCAUCGACACAGUGAUUGGCAAUGAAAAGACACAGGAUUUAACUGAAACAAAACUCUGCAAUGAUGUGAUAAUGAUGACCCUCACUGGCAAAGAGCGUAGUUUAAUGCAAUGGGAGAAGCUCAUCUUGACUGCUCAAUUCAGUCACUAUAAAAUUACUCCAAUAUUUGGAUCUGUGAACUCUAUCAUUGAGGUUUACCCUUAA